AUGAGCAAAUGGGCAUGCAGGGACAAAGCCCCCUUUAACUUUGCAAUUUGGGAAAUAACUCCCAAGUGCAGCUCACGCUUCACACAACUGAGUGAUUUGGAGAUGAUCGGGAAGCACAACUUGGAAGAUUUUUUAAACCAUGAGGACCAGGGGCGGUGCCACAAAGUCCCCAUGCUGUGGUUCCACGAUUGUACCGCGGCCUAUUCGACGUCGAAAACAAUAGGGGACGGGAAUACAACAUGA